AUGCUAACCGAUACCAUGAGACAGUUCGCCAGGGCCAAGAUGUGGCUGGCGGCGGAAACGCUUGCGAACGGCAGGACGAUGGCCGAGAUUGGCGAAGAGGAGGCCGCGGGUUACGGAGGCCGUUGGGAAUAUCGCGAGCGCCGUCCGUUCCGUGAGCCGCAAGGCCAGGUUCACGAGACCGAUCGUGUCACCGGAGACACAGUCCUCAUCUUGGACAGCCAAGGGAACGUUGUCAAAUGGGGUUCCCUUAACAUCGACGGAGGCGGUGGCGACCAGGGCAACAUCCAAAGAGCCCAUCCCGGCAUGAGCGCCACCCACUCGAGCCAUAUUGUCGGACCGCCCGGCCAGAUCUUGCACAACACUGGACAUGAACGAUUUUUGGUUAUCCGUGUUCCGGACAGACGGAAAUGGAUUGGGGAUGACAAGAAAAGGGUUGCCGUGGAUGAUUUGGAACCGCCAAGACAGAGGAAGUACAUCCGGACCGUCAAUGAGCGCCUCCCAACAAUCGAGGCUGGUGACGCCAGUGGCUCGGCGGAGAAGGGCACUGGUUCUGCGGCCCAGGGAGGGGCAAUGGAUGUCGACAUCGUCGACGCCCUAAGUGGCUCACCCAAGGAGGUCAUUGGCUCUGAGGUCGACAAUGUCGUGACCUCUAUUGAAGGGGAAAAUACCAGGGAGCGCUGCGGCUCAUGUGGCCAGCUCACGCACAAGCUUGACUCCUGCGUGCGGCCUGGUAGGGAUGGCACCCUCCAUGGCUGCCCAAUGGGCAACAGCUCCGCCCACAACGUGGAGCAAUGCGUCAAAUGGCCCCGCAUGACGAUCGGCCAGAAAUACCGGGUCCUCGUCCACAAUCGCGGCAGGAUGGUACCCCUGUACACGGAGCAGGAGGAGCUCUGGUACCAUAUUUUCAUCCAGCGGUCCGAGUCGAUGGGUGCCGAGAUGGGAACACCCCGGUACUUCCCAUAUACUAGGGAAUUCGGAAAGGGGUACUUCGGCGACGAGGAAGAACUCUCCUCGUGGGAGGAGUUCUACGAUUGUUUCGACCACGCCAUCUUGCCGGUCGACAAUAAGACUAGGGAUGAGAGAAUGGUCAGAAGACUCUUCGCCGGUGCCGUCUACCAAUCGGCCAGGGACGUUAGGCCACGCCCUCGUGUCCAAACAGUCGAGGAUACCAGCGAAUUAUUGUGCGACACUGAAGACGAGGAGGAGCGAUCUUUGGGCUGA